GUCCCCCUGAUCAUGCCAUGCGCACUGACGCUUGUUGUUGUUGAGCUGGUUGUUAUGGCUGGUGAAGGCCUCGGACUAAACUGAGAGAGGUCCCCCCCCUCCCCGCACCACCCCGUCUCCACUACGGGACACCCACCACCCAUGGAGGGCACGGACAUGGACGUAGAUGCGGAGCUCAUGCAGAAGUUCAGCUGCAUGGGCACCACGGACAAGGACGUCCUCAUAUCCGAGUUUCAGAGGCUGCUGGGAUUCCAGCUCAACCCAGCAGGCUGCGCAUUCUUCCUGGACAUGACCAACUGGAACCUGCAGGCUGCUAUUGGUGCUUAUUAUGACUUUGAAAGUCCCAACGUCAACACGCCAUCCAUGUCCUUCGUUGAAGACGUGACAAUCGGGGAAGGAGAGUCAGUUCCUCCAGAUACGCCGUUCACAAAGACCUGGAGAAUACAAAACACAGGUGCAGAGUCAUGGCCACCUGGGGUUUGUCUCAAAUACAUUGGUGGGGAUCAGUUUGGCCAUGUAAACACCGUUAUGGUAAAGUCACUAGACCCCCAAGAAAUAUCCGAUGUGAGCGUGCAGAUGCGAAGUCCCACAGCUCCAGGCAUGUACCAGGGCCAGUGGAGGAUGUGUACAGCCACCGGGUUAUUCUAUGGAGAUGUAAUCUGGGUGAUUCUUAGCGUAGAAGUUGGAGGUCUCCUCGGCGUGACCCAGCAGCUGUCCUCCUUCGAGACAGAAUUCAACACCCAGCCCCAGCGCAACGUGCAGGAAGACUUCAACCCCUUCGCCUCGCCGCAGAAGAACAAGCACGACGCCACCGACAACAGCUUCCGAGAUCCUGGCGGAGCGUGGGAACGCACACAAGAGCCAAUCCAGCAAGAUCAAAAUGGACUGUCUCAUAAUGCUGUAAAUAGGGCGUCAAAUGGACUCCAAACCAAUCUUUCUGUGGUGACUUAUGGUCAGGGCAUUCACGGACCCUAUCCAUUUGGACAGAGCUAGAACAACAAAGACCCCCCCCCCCCCGUUCCACCAUGGUGGAUGAUCAGCUGAACACCCUGGGAGUCCUCUAAAACGUAGAGGAGUCAGGGGGGGGGGGGGUGGGGAGGAACAGUUGUUUUUAUAUUGACUCAUGACAACCUUCUCCUAAACAUCCCUGGCCCUUUCCACAGAAACACAAACUCCAGUGAGCUGAUGGACUACGAUCCGCUGCAGUGAUACAUCCCACCUGACAUCAACACCCGGAUUCGCAUGUGUGAAUGCUUCAUUUAAGAGUGCUAUAAAACCUUAAAAAUAGAUACACACGACUAUUUUUAUUUCCACUGUAAAACACACCUAAUUAAAGGGAAAAUCGACCCUAAACGACCUACAUGCAAUUUGUUAUUCCCAUGGACAGUUGAGUCUCUCCAGGGUUCCUACACAGGUCCAGCUGAGAAUACCUCAAAAUGAACUGUGAUCUUGCAAAGCGUUUAAAAGAAAGACUGAAAGUGUAUGGGAUGUAUGAUUAUGUGGGGAAAAUUGCAUGGUUCCUUACUUAUUUUCUUUGAGAUGAAAGUCUCUCACACGUUUCAUGUAGUUGCUUUAGUUUUCAAAAACGUUUUUCCUAUCCACAGUAUAUGGGAUGGAUGCUAGAGAAAGAUUCCCAUGUUUACAACGUUAACCCUUUUAGACUAAACUGAGACGUUGAACCCGGUUUGCAGAGCUAUGGUUCAAGGUUGUUUUUUUUAAUACUCAGUCAAAGACGAAAAUACAGAAACACACAUCAUUUAAUUGAACUAAUUCGGCCCUUUUAGACAUUUACUCACCAUUCUGAAAGAUCUAAGGCCCUACUCACAACAAUACAAGUCCAUUAAUACCAUUACUGUCAAAAGUUCCACUAUCUAUGCAGAGACAAAUCCAUGUUUAUCACAUCUUAAAGAAUAACUAGUUCCCACAAGUAAAUUAGACACCAAAUAUUUACAUUCAAAGAGAUCAGAAAAUACUCUUAGUUUCAACUAUGGCCAUGAAUACAUGCCUGUGUAGGAACCCUGUCUCUCCCAAAGAUAAAAUCCAGAAAACAACGACACUAAUCUGUUCAGUCGACUCAGACUGCAUUGUGUGUGUGCGUGCGUGUGUAUUUUUUAAGGUGUUUUUUGCUUUAUAGAUGCUGAAGCGUAAAAGGAUGUGAGUGAGUUUGAGCAAGUGGGGUAAGAGGAAGGGUUUAAAAAAAAAAAAGCCAUCGAAAUCUAUUGUGUGUGUGUGUGUGUGUGUGUGUGUGUGUGUGUGUGUGUGUGUGUGUGUGUGUGUGUGUGUGUGUGUGUGUGUGUGUGUGUGUGUGUGUGUGUGUGUGUGUGUGUGUGUGUGUGUGUGUGUGUGUGUGUGUGUGUGUGUGUGUGUGUGUGUGUGUGUGUGUGUGUGUGCGCGCGCGCGCGUGUUUUCUCUUUGGAUUUAACUGACAUAACAAUGGUGUAUACUACUUGGGCAAAGGAUGAAGUGUGUAUUCACAAAUCAAUAUGGAGAGCUUUACUGAACGUGUACCUCUGAAGUAUUAUUUUGCACCAUUUUUGACUCACUAAUUUCCCUAUUAUUUAUUUGCUGUCUUAUUGCGCACUGCAGAUGCAAAAAAGUCCCAUUUACAGCCGGCAGGUGGUGCUAAACAUCAAAUGACCAACUUCCUCCUGACAUCAUGCUGAGUACAUUUCAAAAGUGAUAAGUUGUUUUGAAUUGAAUUUGAAAAUUAAUGGUUAGCCUCAGUUUUAUUAGCACUGAUGUUCUGAUACUGCUAUUUGCACAACACUGUCCACCACUUCUUAGGAGGAAAAGUGAUUUUUGUUUUUUUGCUCAUUGUGGAUUGUGAUACCAGCAUUUUCCAGAAUCUUUAUGAGUUUAUUUUGCUUAUGUGUUCUCCCCUGAAGGCCUUUGUUCGCCGCAGCUUUAAGUUUUAAACAGUCUCUCAAAGUGUUUGAUUUAAACAGCCUGUCUGCUAUCACCACCUGAAUUUGUUUUUUUACUUUAUAAAUGUACUUUGUUCAUUAUGUCUUUAGGGUUCAAAAAUAAAUUGGAAAAGUUUUUGACAGAAUAUCCUGCUACUGUUACAUUUUUUUUUAAUACAAGGAUAUUCUAAUUUAUCCACCUUCUCCAUGUCAUAAUUAUGAACAUGGUAAUGUUAUUCAUGAUAUUUGGCGCUUCUAUGAUUAUGCGUACCUUGUUUGUUAAACGCACCAGAAUUCUGUGUUCUCUGCGCUGCUGCAUUUGUUUUUGAGUCAGCUGAGAUUCCUCCUCCCAAACAGUAUACACUGUUCUGCGUCGCCUCUUUUAGUCACGUCAGUCUUUAUUUUUAUUUUACUUUAUUUUUUGUGUGUAUUAUUCCUUUUCUGUGAGCUUGCUUGUGUGUGUUUUAGUGUGUGUGUGCUGAGAGAGAGACAGAUGGUGAGAAACCUGAAAUUUGCUGGAUUCAUUCUCUAGUUUUAGUUUGUGACUAUGUACGGGUUAGAGAUGGGUGGCAUGUUGAGUGGAUGAGGUGAACGUUUACAUAGUCCUAAAAUAGCACAUUUAUCUGAAGAGAAACUGUCAAAAUAAAGCUUUUUUUUCUCCUGUAUCUAUAAUUAAGCAUUUGUAUUAUUAAAUUAACACUGAAACAAUGA